GGAGGGCGCCGUCUGGGGACGCCCCUGGCGGGCUGCUUGGCGCUCUCCUCCUCACCGGGACCCGCCCCUCGCUGGGGAGCUGCGCGGCUGCGCUGGGUCCCCUUUACAGCCGCAGGUGCUUGAGCCCAGCGCGCAGUUCUGCCGGGGCCAUUCCCUCAACCACCUCCUGAUCGGCAGGUGUCUUCUGUUUCCGUCGUUCCCGGCCUGCUGAGUGCUGUCAGCCCCUGCUCCUCAAAUGGAAGCAUCAUCCUGAGAUAUCCAGCCAAUUUCUUGGGGCCUACAUUGAGCAAAGAUGAGUGCUUCUUCCAGGAUACUGUAACUAGAGUGUCCAGAUCAGUUCAGAAUUGACCAUGGGAGCCAACACUUCAAGCAAAGCACCGGUGUUUGAUGAAAAUGAAGAUGUCAACUUUGACCAUUUUGAAAUUUUGCGAGCCAUUGGGAAGGGCAGUUUUGGGAAGGUCUGCAUCGUGCAGAAGAAUGAUACCAAGAAGAUGUAUGCCAUGAAGUACAUGAACAAACAGAAGUGUGUGGAGCGGAAUGAAGUGAGGAAUGUCUUCAAGGAACUGCAGAUCAUGCAGGGCCUGGAACACCCUUUUCUGGUGAAUCUGUGGUAUUCCUUCCAAGACGAGGAAGACAUGUUCAUGGUGGUGGACCUGCUACUAGGUGGGGACCUGCGUUAUCAUCUGCAGCAGAACGUCCACUUCCAGGAGGACACAGUGAAGCUCUUCAUCUGCGAGCUGGCCAUGGCCCUGGACUAUCUGCAGAGCCAGCGCAUCAUUCACAGGGAUAUGAAACCUGACAAUAUUUUACUUGAUGAACAUGGGCAUGUGCACAUCACAGACUUCAACAUUGCUGCCCUGCUGCCCAAGGAGACUCGGAUCACCACCGUAGCUGGCACCAAGCCAUACAUGGCACCGGAGAUGUUCAGCUCUAGGAAGGACACAGGCUACUCCUUUGCUGUCGACUGGUGGUCCCUGGGGGUGACAGCUUACGAACUGCUGAGAGGCCGGAGACCAUAUCACAUUCGCUCCAGUACUUCCAGCAAGGAAAUUGUGAACAUGUUUGAGACAGCAAUUGUAACUUACCCUUCUGCCUGGUCACAAGAGAUGGUAUCCCUUCUUAAAAAGCUGCUUGAACCUAAUCCAGACCAACGCUUUUCUCACUUGACUGACAUUCAGAACUUCCCUUACAUGAGUGACAUGAACUGGGAAGCAGUCCUGCAGAAGAGGCUCAUCCCAGGCUUCGUUCCAACCAAAGGCAGGCUCAACUGUGACCCCACUUUUGAACUGGAAGAAAUGAUUUUGGAGUCCAAGCCUCUUCACAAGAAAAAGAAGCGCCUGGCUAAAAAGGAGAAGGAAAUGAGGAAAAGUGACUCCUCUCAGACGUGCCUUCUUCAAGAGCAUCUUGACGCUGUUCAGAAAGAAUUUAUAAUCUUCAACAGAGAAAAAGUAAAAAGAGACUUUAAUCAAAGACAAGCAAAUCUAGCCUUGGAACAAGCCAAAAACAACACAGAAGAGGAGGAUGGCCAGAAUAACAACCUAUAAAAUGGUUUGGAGACUUCGGGGGACAGUGUUAGGCACCUGGCCGGAAACUCCUGAUUACCACACACAGAAGAGCUGACGGCAGUCCUUGCCAUUCCCACACCUCAUGACUUAGAGAAUGUGGAGAGAAUGUGAAUAGUCUUCGAAGGUGGCCGCACUUUGCAACGACAGGAGAGAGCCCUGGUUCUGAGCUCUCCAGUUCCUGCCUCAGCACUCAUUAACUCUGUGACCUUAAGUGAAUCAUUUAACUGCUUUAGUUUUAGUUCACCGCUGGAAAGGUAGAGGGUUAUUUCAGAAGAGCUAGCCUUUGCUCUGUUAAUGCUACGACUGCUCUAAACAGCCUUUAUUCUUAUUUUUAAAUGAAUAUUUGAAUGUAGAUUUAUUUUUUAUUUUUUGAUGACACUGUGAAACAUGGACACUGUACACAGUGGGCCUCUUCAGGGCUAGAGAAUAUCACACAGGGGCCAGAAUUCCAAAGCUUGAUUGGGUAGGAAUAAAGAUGUUCCAUCAGGAAUAAAUACAUAGGUCAGAUUAGAAGCAGCAAUGACUCAUAGGAGCUUGCGGUGGGGGAACUGCAUCGGCAAGGAUUCUGUUUGCAAGUGCCUCCUGUGUGCAUGGCCUCUCACCUUCUCUUCUGUCUGUGAGGUGGUCUUGAUCAGUUGGACUUGAUUCUAAUGAGAGGAGUCAUAUGCAGAAGUUUAGCAAAUGCUGGGAGUUGGGACACAUUUUUUUUUUCAACAUGGAAGUUGUAAAAUAUCAGGCUCUGGUAUAUUUGUCCCUUGAGGGAUAAUUUUCCUCAAGAUUAGCGGAGACCCUGCUAAUUAGCAUCUGCAGGGGAUCAGAGAGCGCUGCUGAACUAAAGGCAAGGUUACUUGGACCUUUGGACUCAGUGAAGUUACCCCUUACAGGAGAGUUUUACAUGAGUUUUGGAAGCCAGCAAACUUUCCCCUGAGAAACUCCUAACUCUACAACGUGAAGGGGAAAAAAGUCAGUUGCUUUUCUGUCAAGAAACAUGUUUUUGUGUUGUUGGGCCCUUUUUGUAUUGAUUAACUAAAAUAUGGGACAAUUUACGAAUGUCUACAGUCUAGAAUUACAUUUAAAGCAGCAGGAUGGCUUAUCGAUCCCAGAGGUCCAAUUCAGGGAGACUAAUGCUCCUACAUCAUAUAAUCACUGUGAGAUGGCUGGCAGAAUUGCCUUGCUACUUAAACUAUUCCUGAGGUCUGACUCUUUCUUGUCUGUGUAUUUCACUCAUGUGCAAAGUGUAAUUCACCUCACUGUGCAUGGGUUGUAACUGUACUGUGCUCAUGCAUAGAUCAUCUUUGAAGAACUUCUUCGGGUGCCCCACUGGUGAUGCUGGGUGGAAUCAGGACAGAGGUGGCUUUACAAAGCAUGUUUUCAACUCUUGGGAAACUGAGGCCAUCGAAUGGUGUUCCUUAUGGAGAGAGAGUAUACAGGGGUAACCAUGGUGACAGCCAGCCACUCCAAGGGACCAGAUUGAUUGAUUGAUAUGAUUUGGGAAAGGUGGACAGGUAGAAGUAGAUGGUAGAUACUGAGGCAAGAAAGUUUGUGUCGAAAAACAAGAGCUGAAGGUAAGAGUGGCAUUUACAGUUCUCUGGAUUCUGGCAUGACUGGGACAUAGUGCCUCUCCACUAAGAUCAAACACACACACACACACACACACACACACACACACACACACACACACAUUUUUAAGAGUCAAAACCCACCUCUUUUAUUCGGCUCCUGUCUCUGAAGUUCUCACCUGUCAUUUGUGACAUUUUGCAUAUAUUCCAUCACUGUUUAACUCAAACAUUUGCCCUGACCUUCAGAGGGAUGAAUGGGUCAAACAGAGCAACCCAGAGAUGACUGGAUUCUGCUCCAGGCUGGUACCCCUCCCUAUAAGUGUCAGGGACCACAUGCAUGCUCCAGCUUCUACCUUUUGUUCUUCUGUAUUGAACACCCAAGGUGUUAGACGUUUUAUGGAUUUACCUUCCCUCACCUGGCCCCUCCUUCUCCUGGACCUCGUCUGCAUCCUCCAAAACAGCAGCUUUUAAAAAUGUUUUCUAAAGGCCAGCAGGGCCAGCAGGGCCAGCAGGUCUCAAGUUCAAAUCUCUAGUGUUUUUUUUAUUCCCAUUAGACAUCUUUCUGAGCACUGUUGCUUUCAGAAUUGGGGAGAUGCUGGUUACAGUGCAGGGUGGGAGUUGGAUAAAUGACAGGCACACAGUGUGUGGCCAGUUAAAAAGAAACACACACACACACACACACACACACACACAAAUCCAUUGGGCUUGGGCUGUGGCUCAGUAGUAGAAUAUGUGCUCAGCAUGCACGAAGACCUGGGUAGAUCCUCAGCACCCCCAGAGAGAGAAGCACCGAACCCAGCUGUGCAGAACAGCUGGAUCUGAGUACCACCUACUGCCGUGCAUGUUAAAGAAGAGGGAAAAAAAAUCAAUAACAAAACAAACAAACAACAUCAAAACAACUUUCCCAAGAGCUCAUGAUAAUUGCUUCUUGGUUUUAUUCCCUAUUUUCAGCUAAACGUUAGCACCCACCAGAUGAAAUAUCCAUAUUUCUGAGAAGAAUCGGGGUGGGUGGAAAACUUCAGAAAACAGUGCAACCACUUUAUCCUUCUUUCUGCUGCUCCCAGAAUCCCUCUGAGCAGCUUCCUUGUUCCCUUGCUCUGCAGAGCAUCUGAAAGGCCUGAGCAUGGGUUCAAAAACCAGAGUGCCCUGGAUGUAACACCACUCUGUAGCGCAGCUGAAAAUCCCCAGGCCAUUCCCAGUGACUUGGGGCAGCUACCUACGGGGCAACCCCGGUCAGAUCCUCCCUCCGCGGAGAAAGGCUACAUCCUGCUAAGAGCCAGUGAUAACUACUGCAGCCCUGGUGAAGGCUGAGGUCAUCUGUAGGGCAGGCAUGAAUCUCAAGGAGCAGAGAGCCUUUCUGAAUUAAUCCCAAUGAUCUAAUUAAUUAGUGGAAGUCCAGAGAUGACUGGAUUUCCUACGGUUAUGGCUCUCUUGGAGAUUCAUGAGUGAGUAACUAGGGAGGCUAUUGCUGCAGCUAUUGACACCCAUGUUGCUGUUCGAGGUUGACAGGGAUGCUGAGCUACUGUGUUCCGUAUGUUCACUGACUAGGCAUGGCAAGUGCUCAGCUCCUCCGUGUUUCUGUGUUCUGUCCACACACUAUCUGUCUCCUACUUCUGUCUACCUGUGAUGGCUAUUCACCGUGAGUUCAGUGUGCCUGCUCAAUGUGAAACCCUGAGACUUCACAUUUCAUUUCAUUUUAUGUGCCGUUCUGAACUGGUUGCUGAUUUAAAAAACAAAACAAAACAAAACAAAAAACCCAGACUAGAAAAAAUUUUCUCUAUAAAUACAUAUAAAUAUGUGCUUCUGUUGAGCCAUACUGUAUGUGAUAUAAAUGUGCCUGCAUGGAUUAAAAUGUCUUCUGUAAUGAUA